AUGAGGUUCUCUUCAUUGUUUGGGCCGGCGACUGGCUUGCUUCUUGCGGGUCUACCAACCCUCUACGCCCUGUCAUUCGAGUCGGUAUCAGUUCCGGAACUAGACCUAACCUCGCUGGGACGGGUGUCAAUCACCGGCGACUUUGAUGGCGUCUCCCUCUACCAGUACAAGGAACAGUCGGAACAGAUUCCUCACAAUGGUUCGCAAUCCCUUCUGACUCCGUUACCGAACGGCAUCCUCACGGACCUCGAAUCAUCCGACGCGCACAUCCUGGCCAUGUGCUCCUUUACGCAAAGAGAUGGAACUUUCGCUGGUAUCUUUGUCGGAGGUAACUUUACCAGCCUGGGUGGAGUCAAGUCGCCCGGUGCUGCGCUUUUCAACCCGGAUACUAGCAAGAUCACGGCUCUGCCAGGCCUUUCGGGCUCGGUUCAUGCUGUGACUUGCGACCAGAGCACUAAUCGCGUCUACGUCGGAGGAAACUUCACAUACGAAAACACAACCAACGCUGUUACUUGGGUGCCUGGCGACGGCUGGAAUGACCUCUCCUUCAAUGGUCUGAAUGGACCCGUGGAGUCGAUUUUGAAGGCGGAUAACGGUCACAUCAUUUUUGGAGGAUCGUUCGAUUCCCUCGGCAAUAGCACCAGCUCAUCUAACAAACCGCAAAUUCUCAACCUGCAAAAUGCGACCAUCACGUCCGACUCAGAUUCAUCGUUAAGUGGCUACUCCGAUCCCCGCAACAUCAUCUGUUCGACCAGUGGAAAGGCCGCCAAAGGUAGCACCUAUCUGCUUCACGACUACGCUCCUGGAUUCUGGAGAGCGGACCUCGGAUUUGACUUUUUCCCGACCAAGAUUCGCCUGUACAACACUCACCUGGAUGGACGCGGUACUAAGGAUUUCUUGCUCCGAGCGCUCCCCGACAAUGGUAUUAUGAACCUGACUUACACCGACGAGUCAGGCAACAAGGCCAACUGUGACUCUUCUUGCCCGCUUUCCAGCAGUACUGACGAGAAGUACCGUGAAUUUACAAUGGUCAACCCCGUUGGUAUGCGGGGCCUUCAGAUUGAACUCCUAGAUUGGUAUGGACAAGGAGCCGGUUUGAACGGAAUCGAAGUCUUUCAAGACCAGAUCUUGACAUACGCCGUCGACCAAUACAACGAACCAACCUGUGCAGGCAUUGAAUACCCAGCCAAGUCAACACGCACUGGUUCAUGGACCGUGGAGUCCGGGUAUGUGUCCGCGCAGGUGACCGAUGCCGAUGCUUCCUCCACGGCUGUCACUUUCAAGCCCGAUAUCAAGAAAUCUGGGAAUUACACCAUCAAGGUCUACACCCCCGGUUGUACCCAGGAUGACAGCUGCAGCUCCAGAGGAAUUGUCAAUGUUACGGCCACUCUUACAAGCGGUUCCAGCUCCGACCAACCCGACCCUGCUUUCUUCUACCAGACCAACGACGACGACAAAUACGACACGUUCUACACUGGCCACGUCGAUGCCAACAGUGACUCUUUCCGACCAGAGGUCACCAUCAAGGCCAAGGAUGGUCAAGGAGAUAUCACAAUUGUCGCAUCGCGUGUCCGGUUCGAAUUGUUGUCAAGCAGCGGUAGCAGCGGUGACAGCGGUGAUCUCAAUGGUCUUUACGACUACGACCCGACUUCCAAGGCGGAUACCACCGAUCUCACAAAGUCAGACAUUAACAAGGCGGGUACUUCUCUUGAUCACGAUGCUUUGGUAUCAUGCAUCGAGGAGUACGACGAUGUAAUUUACGUUGCCGGUAAUUUCUCCGACAGCAAGAUCCACCACAUCAUGUCGAUCACAGACGGAAAUGCCACAGCUUUAUCUGGCUCUGGCUUGAACUCCCCGGUGCUGACAAUGGCUACACUUGACAAGUCCCUGUAUGUCGGAGGUCGCUUCACUGAUACCUCCGAUGGAGGAGAAGAUGGCCUCGCGCAUGUGGCAUCUUACUCUUUCUCCUCAAAGAAGUGGUCCGCCCUUGGAGCUGGUUUGAACGGCCCUGUCACCUCGAUUUGGCCCGUUGAAUUGAAUGCAUCAAGCUCGAUAAAUGAGACUAUUAUUGCUGUGAGCGGCGACUUUGACCAAAUAAUUGCUACUGAUGGAAACCCCGCGGUCUUUGUCGCUGGUUUCGCCAUCUGGGUCCCCUCCAAGAAGGACUGGCUUCAGAACCUUAAUGUCACCCAGAUGCAGUUCGGUGGUCAAUUGUCGACCUUUGCUUCGCAUAACAACACUCUUAUUCUAGCAGGCAGCCUUUCUACCGACGGUACUACGGCCGGUAGUGCAGUUUCCCUUUUGGAAUCUGAUGGCGCCGAACUCAUCCCUUUGUCGAUGAAGAUUGACCACCGAAACUCGAGCACCGGCCUGUAUUUCGGUGCCUAUGAUACUGGUGAGGAUCGUAACCUCACCAUCUAUGGUGGACAUUUCACUGCUACUGGUAGCAAUGGGUCGACCAUUCACAACGUUGCCAUUCUGAACGGCACCGACGAGACCAUCUCGGGCCUGCCUUCAGGUAUCGAUAGCAAUUCAACAAUCACCUCGAUGCUCGUGUACAACAACACCCUCUAUGCAGGCGGGAAUUUGACAGGCACGAUUGGCGACGAAACCUUGAGCGGAUUUGUGAUAUACGACCUCAGUAAGAACGAAUUUGCGUCGAGCCAAUCCUACGUUGACGGCUCGAACGUCACCGUCAACUCUAUUGUCAACCGACCUAGCUCAUCCGAAGUGUGGAUUGGAGGCAAGUUCGAACAAGUCGGGUCAUUCCCUUGUCCCUCUGUUUGUUACUUCGAUUCAUCCAGCGGUGAAUGGAGCCGUCCCGGUAUAUCUCUCGAUGGCACUGUGACUGAGCUCCUGUGGGCAAGCAAUACCAACCUCAUGGCCUUGGGUGACCUCUCCGUGGAAGGCAACGAAACCUCGAUUGCUACUUACAGCACCAAGUCCCAAGCCUGGACCUCAUUGGCGGGUGCAUCCCAGUCAGACCUUCCUGGAAACAUCACUGCGUUCACUCCCGCUAGUGAAGACCUGUCGAAGUUCUGGGUCGGAGGUACUGCUACUAACGGCUCUGCCUUCUUCUUGAGCUACGAUGGUUCUGAAUUCCACUCUCCUGGUGAUCUCUUUUCCCCGGGCUCCGAUAUCCGUGGUCUGGAGUUGCUUCCCGUCAAGAAGGAUCAUACCGAUGCCUCUUUGUUGAACAAUUACCAGACACUCCUGAUCAUGGGAUCCCUUGUGAUCCCAGACUUUGGGAAUGCAUCUGCAGCACUCUACAAUGGAACGGCUAUUACGCCCUUCAUCCUCUCCUCGAAGUCUGAUGGGUCAUCGGGCAGCAUGUCAAGAUUCAUCUCUGAAAACAAGAAUACCUACAGCAGUAACGAGAAGCACCACUCCAACGGUAUUGCCGUCCUGGUGGCCUUUUGUUGUUCCCUUGGCUGCGUCUUCCUCAUCGUCCUGGCCGGUGUCAUCUUGAACAAGGUGCAGCGCCGCCGCCAGGGCUACGCAGCUGCUCCUCAGACUUUUGGUACCGACCGCCCAUCCGAUAUGCAGCGUCUUCCCCCAGAAUAUCUCUUCAACUCGCUGCGCCAGCCCAACCCCACUGCCCCAGUCCUUUAA